CUCGGCGGCUGAAAGAAGGAGGAGCGCAUCGGUCGUCCAGACAUGGCGUGGCUCCAUCAGACUCGACGUUCUCCCAGACUCGUCCUGGUUGUGGUUUCUGUCGCUCUGCUGCUCGACAGCAUGCUGCUCAGUGUGGUCGUGCCGAUCAUCCCGAUGUUCCUCUACACAGAGCUCCGGACCCCUCUGCCCUGUCCUGAUGGACCAGGCUUGGAAACAGUGUCCUCACAGUUCCCCUCCCUCAGGCCAAAUCCCCAGACCUCCCAGCCCUCACUGCUCCCUCAGCCCAGCCGUGGUGCACCGAUCCUGGAUACACAGUCAGAGCUGACCCCCUGGUCGUCUCCUCCCACUGACACUGCGGAGUCCUCCUGUCUUCAGGACAGUUUGGUUCUAGAGGAGGAAAAUGUUCAUUUGUUGCUUGCCUCUAAAGCUCUCGUCCAGCUGCUCAUCAGCCCCUUCGUCGGUCCGCUCACCAACAGGAUCGGGUAUCACAUCCCCAUGUUCACCGGCUUCAUCAUCAUGUUUGUGUCGAACAUCAUGUUUGCGUUCUCAGGGACCUACGCUCUGCUGUUCUUCGCUCGCUCUCUGCAGGGAAUCGGCUCGUCCUUCUCGUCUGUGGCAGGUCUGGGCAUGUUGGCCAGUGUGUACACUGAUGAUGAGGAGCGAGGCGUCGCCAUGGGCAUCGCACUGGGAGGACUGGCUAUGGGAGUCCUGAUUGGAGCGCCAUUCGGCAGUGUGAUGUAUGAGUUUGUGGGAAAGAGCGCCCCCUUCCUGAUCCUGGCCUUCCUGGCUGUGUUUGAUGGAGUGUUACAGCUGUGCAUCCUGCAGCCUUCAAAGAUCUCUCCUGGGAGUGUGGAGGGGACUCCGUUGCUGGCGCUGUUAAAAGAUCCGUACAUUCUCAUCAGCGCAGGUUCUCUGUGUCUCACCAACACGGCUUUAGCCAUCCUGGAACCGACUCUGCACCUCUGGAUGAUUGAGACCAUGUACUCCCCUGAAUGGCACGUUUGUAUGGCCUUCCUCCCUGUCGGUAUCUUCUACCUGAUAGGAACAAACCUGUUUGGUGUCCUGGCCAACAAGAUGGGACGGUGGCUCUGCUCCAUGUUAGGGAUGUUUAUCGUCGGCAUCAGUCUGCUGUGUGUUCCUUUUGCCACCAGUAUCUAUGGUCUGAUUGGACCAAAUGGAGGUCUGGGCUUCGCCAUAGGUAUGGUGGACUCCUCCAUGAUGGCCAUCAUGGGUUACCUGGUCGACAUCCGUCACGCCUCCGUCUACGGCAGCGUCUAUGCUAUCGCUGACGUGGCGCUGUGUAUGGGGUUUGCUAUAGGACCGUCCACAGGGGGCGCUCUGGCCCAGGCAGUGGGUUUUCCCUGUCUCAUGGUGUUGAUCGGGAUGGUCAACAUCCUGUUCGCUCCACUCUGCUUCCUGUUACGUAACCCUGCUGUCAGAGAGGCUAAUGUGAAACACGAGUUAGACGAGGUCACACUGGUCUUAAAACCGGAGUGAAACCAGAUCACAACUAAAACAUCCUGAUCUCUUCCUGCUCUCCUGGACAAAACUUCUAGAUCAGAAUCAUCCAGAUUUCCCAUGACUAAUCAUUAACAUGUUCUUUUUGUCCUGUUUUUCUGUCAGAUCAGGAUUACAGAGUUUUUUCCAAAGUUGUUUUAUUGACAUUUGUUGUUUUUAAUAUUUAACGAAGCAUUUUUUUAAUGAGGAAAACGAGUUGAAGUCACUUUGGGUGACUUCUGUUCCAACAGAGUGAGAUGAUGAAGAAGUUACACCUGAACUCAUCACAUCUCCAGCUGGAGCUUCCAGACAAACACAGAAAACAGAAAACACAGUGAACACAACCUUACGGGACUUACGGGGACCCUGUUUUAUGAGGACAUGUGGACUCAGGGGCAAAAAGUUACGACCAAAAGGAUUUUCAUGAUUUAUUCUGGGAGAGAAAAUAAAUCUCUGAGCUUGAUUUAUUCUAUUUUUACUCAUUUUAAGUGGAACUAAUUUCUAAUAAAAGCCAGAUAUCUGAAGUCUCAAAAAACCAAACCAACUGGUUUAUUUUUGCACUUUUGGGUGGACUGUCUCUUUAAAUGUAACCUGGUUAUCGUGGGUUGUGAGGUUGGUGAUAACUGAUCAGUGGCCAGUUUAAUAGGUACACCCAGCUCAAACUAAAGCAGCUGACCUGUGAUAAAUCCUCCUUCAUGGUUGAAAUGUUCAGUCUCACAGGUGUUUCUCUCAUUUUGACUCCCCUCAGUGAUGUAAGCGGGGUGGACAAAAUAAUAGGAACACUUAUCAAGUACAACGGCGGCACAAACGACGUCUUUCAAACUGAUGGAGGAGGAUUCAUCAGAGGACUGCUGGGUAAGACUGAACUGAACUGAACUGGUUACUGGACGUACAGCGCUAAUGGUUAGCAUGUAGCUUGUUAGCUAGGAAGACCAGGAGAGGCGGACGAGUGCUUCCUCUGCAGACUCUGACGUAGCCUGACUGGUUCUGUCCUGGUUUCCUUCUCAUUUGCCUCGUUAACCACAAUGUGAGAUAAAGUCCAAAAGUUCUGACGCUGCACGCCAACGUUUACCGGCGUCACUGUUCAGACUGGCAGAAAGCAGAAGACGGAGCUUUAAACACACCGAUGAGUGCGUUUACAUGGAGGGGCGUGUCCUCAGGGGCGAGGCCGCCGACCUCACAGACAGCUCGGAGUUCGAUUGGCGGCAGAGGCUGUGACAUCACUACGUGGCUCUGCUCUUGGUGGUGGGCUCCGCCUCCUGCUCGUACUCAAUCUCCACGUACGCUCGCUUCUUCCUCGCCACUGAGCCGUUAGCUGGAGAUUUGCCUUUCGACUUGGAGGCCUUCGUCUGCGUCUCCACCUCCAUCUCCUCCUCUUCCUCCUCUUCACUGGACUCCUCGUCUUCCUCGUCCUGUUCCUCCUCGUCGCUGCUCGUCUUCAGUUUGUUCAUGUCCUGAGAGACCAAAGAAAAACAUUUAGAUCAAAAAUGUUCACGCUGAUCAGUUUUUUCUUAUUUCUAAACUUCACGAGUCUUUAA